AUGGGUAUUUUAGAAAAAAUUAAAGAUAUUGAGGCAGAAAUGUCUCGUACACAAAAGAAUAAAGCAACAGAGUAUCAUUUAGGUUUACUUAAAGCAAAGUUAGCACGUUUAAGACAACAACUUUUAGAUCCACCAAAAUCAUCUGGUAAAGGUGGUGAUGGUUUUGAAGUAUUAAAAUCAGGUGAUGCUAGAGUUGCUUUAAUUGGUUUCCCAUCAGUUGGUAAAAGUACAAUCUUAACUAAACUUACAGAGACAAAAUCAUUGGCUGCAGCCUAUGAAUUCACUACACUUACUUGUAUUCCUGGUGUAAUUCAACAUAAAGGUGCAAGAAUUCAAUUAUUAGAUACUCCAGGUAUUAUUGAAGGUGCUUCUCAAGGUAGAGGUAGAGGUAGACAAGUUAUUGCUGUUGCAAGAACUGCUGAUUUAAUUUUAAUGAUGUUAGAUGCAAAUAAAGGUGAAAUUCAAAAAAGAUUAUUACAAGAAGAGUUAGAAUCAAUUGGUAUUCGUUUAAAUUCACAACCACCAAAUAUAUAUUUUAAAUUAAAGAGUGCAGGUGGUGUAAAUUUAACAGCAACUCAAACCCUUACAAAAAUCACAGAGAAGUUAGCAAAAUCAAUUUUACAUGAAUAUAAAAUUUUUAAUUGUGAUUUAGUUAUACGUUGUGAUCCAACUGUUGAUGAAUUAAUUGAUGCAAUUGAAGGUAGACGUUCAUAUAUUAGAUGUCUUUAUGUUUAUAAUAAAAUGGAUCAUAUGUCAAUGGAAGAUGUUGAUAGAUUAUCAAGACAACCAAAUUCAGUUGUAAUUAGUUGUAAUAUGAAUUUGAACUUGGAUUUCUUAUUAGAUAAAAUUUGGGAUUACUUAAAUUUAGUACGUGUUUACACAAAAUUAAGAGGUGCUUCACCAGAUUUUAAUGAUGCAAUCAUUCUUAGAGAAGGUGCAACAAUGGAGGAUAUUUGUAGAUUUUUACAUAAGGAAUUGGUUUCUCAAUUUAAAUAUGGCAUUGUUUGGGGUGUUAGUGCAAAACAUUGUCCUCAACGUGUUGGUAUUUCUCAUGCUUUAGAGGAUGAAGAUGUAAUUCAAAUUGUUAAAAAGUAA